GGGCGCUUAGGGAAAAUAGUUUUCUCGGAGUCGCCGGUCUUCUUGCAGGAUUGGAAGAGUGGCGGGAACCGGCUUCCCAGGUCCAGGCCUCCCAAGAGAGUGUGGAGCGGAGUAGAGGGAAGCAGUCCACCAUCUCCAGGAUCAACAGACUACACUUGGAGACACAAACGAGUAUAAGACGUCUAAAGACCCACGUGGGACCAGAAGGAUGGCCUCUCAUAUGGGCGUUGGCGCAGCAGCUUCCACCGAAAGACCAGGUAUGAUCACCUCUUUCUUACUCUCACUUAAGAAAGGCUUUGCUCAGCUCUUCCCUCAGUGCAGAAGAGGGCACACGGAAGGAGACUAUCUCCCCUCCAGGGGCUCAGAUUCUCUUGAAGAACACAAUAGAUGGCAAAUUCCCGUUAAACACGAUGUCUUCAAAAUUUUAAAAAGCAAUGAGAGCCAGCUGUGUGAAGUCCUCCGGAAUAAGUUUGGGUGUGCCUGUACCCUGAGCUGUCCAACUCUACCAGGAAACAGCUCUCCUGCUCAGCCAGUCUUCAGAGGUCGGCUGACCGCUGGGCUAGAGUUAUCGGUCUGGAAGGAUGACCUCACCAGACAUGCUGUUGAUGCCGUGGUGAACGCAGCCAAUGAAGACCUUAUGCACGGAGGUGGCCUGGCCGGAAGCCUGGUGAAAGCUGGUGGUCUUGAAAUCCAAACUGAGAGCGAUAGAUGGGUUGCCACCUGGGGUAAAGUUCCCACCGGAAAAAUAGCUGUCACGACCGCAGGGAGGCUUCCUUGUUCUUUGAUUAUCCACGCUGUUGGUCCUCAGUGGACAGGGAUGAGCAGCCAGAGUAAAGCUAUUGAAUUGCUGCAUCGUGCCAUUGUGAACAUUCUAGACUAUGUCACCAUAAAACAUACACACAUUAAGACAGUAGCUAUCCCAGCCCUGAGCUCUGGAAUUUUCCGGUUUCCUCUGGAUUUGUGUACAGGCACAAUUUUAGAAACGAUCUACUUUUAUAUCCAAGGGAAGCAAACGGUGGGCGCUUUGAAAGAGAUCCAUCUGGUGAGCAACGAGGACCCCACUGUUGCGUCUUUUAAACGCGCAGCAGAAGGUAUUCUGUCGGUGAUGGGUGCCUGGAACGGUCCAGAAACUACCCCUUCUUCUGCUGUGACCUUUCAAAUUGGCCAGGGCCUGACUCUCCAGAUUGUCCAAGGCCACAUCGAACUGCAAACAACAGAUGUAAUUGUUAAUUCCGUAUACAAAUACAAUCUUAAAGAGGGACCUGUGUCAGAGUCAAUUCUUAAACAAGCAGGCACUGAAAUGGAAAGGGAACUUGACAAGAUUAACUUGUCUUCAAAUUAUCAGGUGGUACAUGUCACAAAAGGAUUUAAAUUGUCCUGCCAGUAUGUGUACCAUGUGGCAUGGCAACUUGAUAACAAAUGCCAGGUGUUGAAAGAUGCAGUGAAGAGCUGCCUGGAAAAAUGCCUCAAGCCAGACAUAAAUUCCAUCUCCUUUCCUGCCCUCGGCACAGGAAUGAUUGGUUUGGACCGGCAUAUAGCAGCAUGGAUAAUGUUUGAUGAAGUUUUAGCAUUUGCCAAAGAGCACAGGGGGAAAACACUAACCGUAAAGAUUGUGAUCUUUCCAGCAGAUGUGGAGACACACAGAGUUUUUUGUGCUGAACUGACAAAGAGGUUCAGUGAGCUGAAUCUCAGCAGUAACAGUGCUGUUUCAGUCCCCCAGUGGAGCAGAGGGGAGCAAAGAAGUGGGCUUGAAGCCGGAUCCGCUGCCAUCAAUCUGAUGGGUGUAAAAGUGGGAGAGAUGUGGGAAGCCAAAGAAUGGAUGGAAAGGUUGCUGACCUCCAAGGACCACCACACCAUUGCCAACAGUCACAUCCUCUACCUUGGGAAGAAGGAGCAUGACCUGCUGGCUCAGCUCCAGGCAGCCUCAAGCGUCUCCAUCUUAGAGACCGUCUGGCCAGAUAAGGCAACUUUAGAGAUUAAAGGCGCCCAGGCUGGCGUCAUUGAAGCAGCUAUGAAUAUUGAAUGUGUGCUGUGGGAAGUUCAGGAAGAAGUGGCCAGGAAAAAGGAGAAGAGUCUUCGGAGCUCAUCAGGACAGUGGGCCGAUCAGCAAGGAAUACUGGAUGAAACGGAAGAAUUCGAUGACACAUUUCAACGAUACCCAGUGCCUUUAACUCCGGAACUCCAGGACCGAAGGAAACAGUUUGAAAAGUGUGGCUUGUGGGUUGUGAAGGUGGAGCAGAUAGACAAUAGGGCGCUCCUGGCAGCCUUCCAAGAGAAGAAGAAAAUGAUGGAAGAGAGAUCGCUGAAGGGAUCUGGGAGCCUAAGACUGUUUCAGCAGGUCCCGCAUCAGUUCUGCAACACGGUGUGCAGAGUCGGCUUUCACAGACUGUACUCGACACACUGUGACCCAGUUUUUGGAAGCGGCAUAUAUUUCACCAAGAGCCUCAGAAGACUAGCAGACAAGGUCAAGAAAGCCUCUAGCACAGAUAGGCUAAUCUAUGUAUUUGAGGCGGAUGUACUCACGGGCUCCUACUGUCAGGGCAGUUACUCAAAUAUUACCCCACCCCCAUCGAGUCCCGGGGCCUUAGAUACUCAUGACAGCGUGGUUGACAGUAUCUCCAACCCUGAAACCGUUGUUGUUUUUAGUGACAUGCAGGCGAUGCCCCAGUAUCUGUGGACUUGUACACAGGAUAGGACACUGUCACAGCAUCAGAUGUGGUCCCAGGACUACUCACCAGGACCAGAGGUGACCUCUUCCCUGCAGUCCUGGGGGAGGGUCUCAUCAGGACCAGAAGUGAUAUCUUCAUUACAUUCCUGGGGGAGGGUCUCAAAUGGCAGCCCUGUUUAGUCUCUACAUUGUUUUAACAGCCAGCAGGGUUUGGGUGAACUGACA